CGACAUCCCUGUAGCUGACCAACUACUUAACUGACAAUGUCGACGAGUCAAGUAAGAGUCAUCAUUGCCUAUCGCAGAAUCCUCCUGAUACCACCGACACGAUGACUUACACGAAGACCUACCCCACUCCUCUCACAACCGAGAUCUCCAACCCUCGGCUACGGCUUCUCAACAAGAUCAAAGCCGGAGAAUACCCGUUAAUGACUUUUAUGGCCCUCCCUUCUGUGCGCAUGGCUCAGAUCGUCGCUCUGACCGGGGUUGACGGUAUCAUCAUUGAUUGCGAGCAUGGCCACAUCUCCGACGACGCCAUGCACAACUCUGUCGCAGCCAUCUCCUCCCUGGGUGUAUCCCCAAUCAUCCGCAUUCGCGGUCCUACUCAUGACAUUGUCAAGCGUGCGCUCGAUACGGGUGCCCACGGCAUAAUGGUUCCCCAAAUUAACACCGUCGAAGAGGCACAACAAGUGGUGGCAUCUGCCAAAUUCCCGCCACAGGGACUGCGGGGGCAAGGGUCCGCCUUCCCUGCCAUUGGCCAUGGUCUGACUACCCCCGAGUACAUGAAGUCAGCCAACGAGACCAUCAUCACCAUGAUUCAAAUUGAGACCCGUGCUGGUGUGGAGAAUGUCGACGCAAUCUGCGCCGUUCCGGGUGUGGAUCUUGUCUUCAUCGGACCCAAUGACUUGGCACAGUCUCUCCUCGGAUACGUGCCUGCACGGGGAGACGAGCCGGAGUUUGUUGCUGCAGUUGAAAAGAUUGUUGCGGCGGCGAGGAAGCAUGGCAAGUGGGCAGGGAGAAUGGUUAAUAAUGGGAGUUUGGCAAAGGAAGCAAGGAAGACAUAUGACACAGUCGCCAUCACAGGCGACACCAAAGCGAUCCAGAAUUGGUAUAUGGCAGAGUUUGAGAAGAAUGAGAGCAUUGCCUCGUAUCGAAGACUUAUGCUGUAG